AUGGCUGAUCCAGCAACUCUGAUCAGUGGUUUGCUUUCAAAUUUGGUACCUCUAAUUAAGGAUGAUUUCAAGUUGAUUUAUGGUUUUGAUGAGGAGGUUGAAAAGCUAUUGGACACGCUAUCUGCAAUUAAUGCCGCACUUGAGCAUGCGGAGGUUGAAAAGCUAUUGGACAAACCAACCAAAGAUUGGUUGCGGAAACUCAAACGCGUGGCAUAUGAGGUUCGAGACAUCAUGGAUGAGUGCAGCUUUGAAGAUCUUCGUCUUCAAGUUAAAAUGCGUAAUGCCUCCUCCUCUUCAACACGACACCAGGUAACCAACUGUAUCUCCAAUCCUUUUAGCAAUACUAAGAAGCGUCUCAAAAUUGGUCAAAAAAUUAAGGAUGUUCAAAAGAAACUAGAAAAGAUUAAUUCGGAGCACAAAAAAUUUCAAUGGCGUGAACCUAUUCAUGGCUCGAAAAUAAAAGAAGACAAGUUUAAUUUAUGGGAGAGAUGA